AUGGAAAGCACUGACUCACCUCCUUCGCCGCCGUUCCCUUGGCGAGUCCUCCUUGUCAGCAUCAUCGCGUCGCUCAACAACAUGGCCUUUGGCUAUGACGUCGGCGUGGUCUCGGGCUCUCUCCUCGACAUGGCCGGGAGCCUCGACCUGUCUCUCAGCGAGCAGGAGCUCGCCACGUCGGGUCUCAACUUUGUCUCCGGCAUCGGCGCGCUCGCUGGCGCAGGCUUUGUGAUGGACUCCCUCGGCCGGCGGGCGACGCUGAUGGUCUCGUCGCUGCUGCUCGUGAUUGGCGGCGCCUUCGUCACGCUCGCCAACUCAUUUGGCGUGCCCUCGCGUCGGGUCGCGCUCCCGCGCGCCUCUCCGGCCGAGCCCGCCCUCCUCCCUUCCUCCCCAGGCGUGCUGCUCCUCGGCCGCGCGCUCCAAGGACUCGGGUCGGGCUGCGCAUGGUGCGCCUGCUCGGUGUACAUCGCGGAGCUGGCGCCCAAGGAGUACCGCGGCGGGCUGGUCGCCGUCUCGGACAUCGGCAUCAACGUCGGCAUCCUCAUCGGCUACGCCGUCGACCGCUCCAUCAACACGGCAAGCCGCGCCCGCCCGGAGGCGUGCUGCGGGCGGGGCCGAGCGCCGGCGCUGCCCGGUGCGCCGGACCUGCGGUGGAGGCUGGCGAUGGGCCUGUCGGUGGUGCUGCCGCUCCUGUACGUUGCUGCUUGCCCGUGGCUGCCCGAGUCGCCUCGGGCGGGAGGAGGAGGCUGCCGCAGUGAUGCGCCGGCUCGAGCCGCCGGCGCCAAAGGCAGGCGCGAGCGGCGGCUGGUCGCCCUCUCUCUCGCCCUCGGCCUGGCGCAGCAGGUCACCGGCACCGAGGCGAUCCUGCGCUACACGCCCCGCAGCGUCAUUCCGACUCCUCAUAACGGUGGCGAGUCGUCGGGCGUCUGCCACGCGAGCGCCUCGCCUCCUCCCGACUUGGCCAAGGAGGCGGCUGGCGACGGCGCGGGCUGCACGAGCGCAGAGGUGGUCUUCCUCGUCUCGCUCGGAUCUCACUUCUCAUUCUCAGUGUCCUUGUCUGUGGGGGGAGGCGAGCUCGUGGCGGCAGCGCUCGUCGACACGCUCGGCCGCCGCUCCACCAUCAUCUGGUCGAACCUGGCCCUCGCCGCCUUCACCGCCCUCAUCGGGCUCCGCUUCCUCUUCCACUGGCCUGUCUCCGCCUCCGCCGCCGCCCUCUGCCUCGCGAUGCUCUCCUUCUCGCUCGGGCCGGGGCCGCUCACCUUCGUCGUCAUCUCCGAGAUGCUCCCGCUCCACCUCCGCGCUAAGGUCGUCUCGCUCUCCGUCUUUUGCAACCGCGUCGGCUCCGGCACCAUCGCCCUCACCUUCCUGUCGCUCAAGUGCGCGAUUGGGCCCGCCGCCGCGUUCGGCCUCUACGCCGCCGUCGGCCUCGUCGUCACCGCGUUCUACUACACCUCCGUCGUCGAGUCCACGGGCGAGGCGACCGCGCCAGAGCCCGCUCUCCUCUCGGCGAGGUCGCGGCUCUCGGACGCCCCACCGCCAGAACCGGCACCAGGCAGCCCUUCGGCCGCCGAGGAGGCGCGGCGGCUGGCCGACCAGGCGGCGAUGCGAGCGCUGUACGAGGCGGAGAGCGGCUCCCGCCCGCCCCGCCCUGGGGUGGAGUUCUCCGGGCCGCCGAUCGUCGUCGGGACCCCGAUCGCGGAGUCUGAACACGUGGCGAGGGUGUGA